GGUUUUAUAGGUUUGAUACUUUGGGUUUGAAAGUUUGACACUCUCCGAGUCUUCUGAGUUAAUUCAAAUUUGGAAAAGGAAUUCGGAAGAAUUAAUAUUACCUUUCAAAAAGCUUCAAUUUCUAGAAGUUAACAAUUGUAGCAGCUUGAGCUACCUUCUAACCCCCUCCAUGGUAUUGCGCCUUGGGCAACUCAAGCAAUUGAAGAUAAAAGACUGUGCAGCAAUAGAACAAGUGAUCAUGGCUACAAGAGUUGGAGAGGUAGUUGAAUCUUACUCAAUAUUUUUCCCACAACUAAAGUCCAUUUCAUUAGAGUCUUGCUCCAAGUUGUCAAGUUUCUAUGUGGGAAGUAAGACCCUCAAGUUUCCAAUGCUGGAGAAAAUUAUUGUAAAGGAUUGUCUAAAGAUGGUUAGAUUCACUUUUAAAUUUUCAAGUGAGCAAGAGAAAGAGACAACUGAUGGAAAAAGUGAGGAAUUGCUUGUCAAGAAAGAACCUAAUAUCUUCAUUGAGGUCUUUUUUUGUGAUGAGGUUGAGAUUCCUAACUUGAAGACAUUGACUCUAUCCUCAAUCAAUACAAAGCAAAUUUGGAACAGUCAUCUUUCAUCGAUAUCUUCAUUUGCCCAAAAUUUAACAAUGUUGAAGGUGGUCAACUGUUCCAAUUUGAAGUAUCUGUUUACAUUCUCAAUGCUUAAAAGUUUUGCACAGCUUAAAACACUCGGGAUUGGUGGAUGUGAGAUGAUGGAAGUGGUAAUAUUGACAGAAGGGACAGUGGAAGAAGAAAAGAUUUUCCAGACGGUGUUCCCCAAACUAAAGAUCUUGAAUCUUAAUGACCUACCCCAACUUGCAACAUUUUGCUCCAAUUGUGAUUCUCUAGGAAAAAUUUCUGACUCUGAAAGAGUCAAUUUUGAUACCAGAUCACAAAAACUGCUAGCCACGCAAUCGACUUUGGUGGAAACAGAGGCCACCGAGCUUGUAUUUUCUCAAGUGACAAACCUGAAACUUAGACUCUUACCAAAAUUCAAGAGUUUCUUCCCUCAAACGCACAUCACAGAAUGGCCAUCAUUGGAAAGUUUAGUUGUAACCAAAUGUCAUGGAGCACAAAUAGUUGUUUCAGAAUGUUCAAGCACUGAGAUGACACAUAGAGACAGCCAACUUGAAAGGGAAUCUCAACAUCUCAUGUUUUGGAUUAGCAAGGCUACAUUUCCUAGUCUAGAACGCCUGGUUGUGAAAUGGAAUGACAACAUGAAGAUACAGUGUGGACAUCAUCCAGAGGAGUAUUUUGGUAAACUAGAGGUUUUAAUGGUGCACUCACAAGAAGCUAGAUUUUUGUGUUCCCAAGUGUUCCCACAUUGCUUUGGCAUUCUAAAGAAUCUUUCAAUUUUUAAAAUUUGUGUGUGAUAUGAUUAUCAAGUAGUUUAAUUGUGAAAAUCACUAGAGACCAUUUCAUUUUAUUUUUCAUGUUGUGCUAGUUUUUAUCGUGUGAAAGAGAACAAUUGAAUUUGUUGUGCAUCUUUAUUCGGAAAAAAAGAUGUGACUUGUGAAUUAAUUAUGUCUGUCCAUUUUAAUUCACAUUUAAAUGGUAUUCAUCAUCAAUCAUGUGAUCUGCUGAUUGAAUUAUUUGUACUAUUUGUUACAGGAUUAAAUCCCUAGUUUCUAUGUACAAGAAAAGAAAAUUUAAAUGGUAUU